UCACGUGACCAUGUAACCUAACUUGUGUUUUGGGGAACCAUGUAAAAUACCAAUACUUCUUGUUACAAUUUAUGUCAAUAAUUGUAGCAUAUUUUAAUAAUUGGUUAAUUUAUCAGUAAAUGUUAUAAAUAUAAUUAUUACGUGAUUGACAUCCAAGAGCGUCUGCUAGAGUUUGCUGGAAAUUUGUAAACUCUCGACAUAACUUUCUAGUACACGUGGUAAAGUAAUCGCAUUUUAAAGAAAAAUAUAUAAAAUAUUUGCGAAUUGUGAUCAAGAUGGAAUCUAAGAAGACAGGACCGAUCGACAAUGCUUGGGCAUUGAAAAUUCCAGAGUUCAAAGAGAAAGACAAUCCUCAUCGUCUCCUGGAGGAGAGUUCGUUCGCGACGAUGUUCCCGAAGUAUCGGGAGCAGUACUUGAGGGAACACUGGUCGUUAGUGCAGAAAGCUCUGGCCGAGCAUCACGUCAAGGCCGAGCUGGAUCUCGUGGAGGGUAGCAUGACGGUGAAAACCACCAGGAAAACCUGGGAUCCGUAUAUCAUCAUCAAAGCACGCGAUAUGAUCAAGCUGAUGGCUCGUUCGGUGCCCUUCGAGCAGGCGGUGAGAGUCCUUCAGGAUGACAUCUCCGCGGAUGUCAUCAAGAUAUCCUCGUUCGUCAGGAACAAGGAGAAGUUCGUCAAGAGAAGACAGAGGCUCAUCGGACCAAACGGAUGCAAUCUCAAGUCCAUUGAACUGCUCACCAACUGUUACGUUGUGGUCCAGGGCCAAACCGUGUCUGCAUUGGGGCCUUACAAGGGUUUGCAGCAAGUUAGGAAAGUGGUGGAGGAUACAAUGAAGAAUAUUCAUCCGGUUUACAGUCUCAAAGCUUUGAUGCUGAAGAGAGAACUCGCCAAGAAUCCAAAAUUGAAGGAUGAGAAUUGGGAACGUUAUCUUCCUAAAUAUAAUAGUAAGAAUAUCAGCAAGCGCAAGGAACCGAAGAAGAAGGUGAAGAAACCGUACACUCCGUUCCCACCAGCUCCAGAAGAGAGCAAAGUUGACAAGAAGCUGGGAUCUGGUCAGUACUUCUUGACUGAGGAUCAGAAGAGAGCGAAGAAACAGAAGGAGCAAGAAGCGAGACAUGAAGAGGCUAACAAGAGGAGACAGGAGCGUAGAGCACAAGCAUUUAUACCACCUGAAGAACCUGUCCCAAAGUGAAAUUACGAAAAGAAAAACAGUGUGAUACUGACAUUGCAUGAAUAAAGAAGUAAAUUCAUCAAGGACUCUGAAGAAGUACAUGAUAGAAUAAUAAUGUUUCAUAGUACGAGUUGCAACAUAUGUUUCAUUUAAUAAUUUCAUCAUUUCUUUUAAUGAUAUUAAUGAUGUGAUAUAUAAAGGGAUAUGUGAAAAAUUGAAUUCUGUUACACAAUAUAAAUUUACGGAAAUAUCCCGCCAUUUUAUUAAAAAACUUGUUUUAAUAA